UCCUCACCCCAUCCCGCCGCUGCGCUUCCUCUGUGGUCGUCUCCUCCAAAUCUGCGCAGGGCCUCGCCAAAAUUCCCGCAGCGACGAAGAUGGUGGGGAGUGUUGGCAACGGGCUGGCGGAUCUGGGUGCCGCCACCGUGAGCGGAGUCGGGAAGGCGCCGCAUCUGGCGGAGGCGGCGGCGGCGGAGCCGCUUCCGAUGGAGCUGGAGCCGCCGGAGGCCAUGGUGGCGGCGGUGGAGGGUCAGGGGGAGGAGGGAGGGGUGUCGGGGAGGAGCAGGGAGAUCGUUAUGGGGAGGAACGUGCACACCUCGUGCUUCGCGGUCAAGGAGCCCGACGCGGACGACGAGGAGACCGGCGAGCGGGAGGCCACCAUGGCCAGCGUCCUCGCGCUCUACCGCCGCUCUCUCGUCGAGCGCACCAAGCACCACCUCGGUUACCCAUACAAUCUGGACUUCGAUUAUGGUGCACUGGCCCAGCUGCAGCACUUUUCCAUUAACAACCUUGGUGACCCCUUCAUCGAGAGCAACUAUGGUGUCCAUUCCAGGCAGUUUGAGGUGGGAGUGCUGGAUUGGUUUGCUCGCCUCUGGGAGUUAAAAAAAGAGGAGUACUGGGGAUACAUCACUAACUGUGGCACAGAAGGAAAUCUGCAUGGGAUUCUUGUUGGGAGGGAGGUGUUCCCUGAUGGAAUCUUGUAUGCCUCUCGCGAGUCCCAUUAUUCAGUAUUCAAAGCAGCAAGGAUGUACAGGAUGGAAUGUGUUAAAGUCGACACCCUUAUGUCUGGGGAAAUAGAUUGUGCUGAUUUCCAGAGAAAGCUAUUGCAGAACAGAGACAAGCCUGCCAUUAUUAAUGUUAACAUUGGAACAACUGUGAAGGGGGCAGUUGAUGAUCUAGACUUGGUUAUCAAAACCCUCGAGGAAAGUGGCUUUAAAGAUCAGUUUUAUAUUCAUUGUGAUGGCGCCCUUUUUGGAUUGAUGAUACCAUUUGUUAAGAAGGCACCUAAAGUAACAUUUAAGAAGCCUAUUGGGAGUGUCAGUGUCUCCGGACACAAGUUUGUUGGAUGCCCCAUGCCAUGUGGUGUCCAGAUAACAAGAUUGGAGCACAUAAACGCCCUUUCUAGCAAUGUGGAGUAUCUGGCGUCAAGGGAUGCGACAAUCAUGGGAAGCAGGAAUGGACAUGCUCCUAUCUUCCUCUGGUACACACUCAAUAGGAAAGGCUACAGAGGCUUUCAGAAGGAAGUCCAAAAGUGUUUGAGAAACGCACACUACCUAAAAGAUCGCCUCAAGGAAGCAGGAAUUGGAGCGAUGCUUAACGAGCUCAGCAGCACGGUAGUGUUUGAAAGGCCAAAGGAUGAGGAGUUUGUCCGAAGGUGGCAGCUCGCCUGCGAGGGAAACAUAGCCCACGUUGUGGUGAUGCCCAGUGUCACCAUUGACAAGCUGGACUAUUUCCUGAACGAACUAGUGGAAAAGCGGGCGACCUGGUACCAGGAUGGAAUAAGUCGACCCCCCUGCAUUGGCAGAGACGUAGGCAUGGAUAACUGCCUCUGUGGUCUUCACAAGUAGUGAGCUUUUUACAAGGGUCUUCAUUCGCGAGUUGAGUUAGUCCUAAUGUGUUAUGUUGUACUGUAUCCAUGUCUUUUGUAUGUGUCAAACUGUUAAUGCGUUCCGCAGUGUAGCUUAUUUCUUGUUGUGAGAAUAAUCCUUCAAUUAAAUUGAUGGGUGGAAGUUGCAUCA